AUGUGCGGUGGUCCGAGCCUGGGGGACACAGCUGGGAAGAUGCACGUGGGGGAAGGGAGACGAGAGGGAAGAGGAGAGGCUCUGUCGUGGCCCAGGUACCGGGUUCUCCGUGUGCAGGAGUUGGGGCAGUACAACCUGGAGAUCCUGUCAGCUGACCUCUCUGACGACGCCCAGUACGAGUGCCAGGCUCCGGACGCCGCGCUGAGGUCCCGCCGCGCCAAACUCACUCUGCUCAUCCCUCCAGACGACCCUGUGAUUGACGGGGGCCCCGAGGUGUUGCUGAACGCUGGAGAGUCCUACAACCUGAGCUGCAUAUCCCGCGGAGCCAAACCGGCGUCCGUCAUUGAGUGGCUGAAGGACGGGCUGCCUACAGAGGGCGCUCUCAGUGUCACGGAGGUGCUAGCGGACAGAAAGAGGGUGACCACCAGGAGCUACCUUCCCGUCCAUCCGGUGGAUACUGACACCGGGAGGAACUUUAGCUGCAUCACCUCCAACCAGGCCUUGCCCUCGGGGAAAAGCACAACCGUCACGCUCAACGUCCACCACCCACCCUCAGUGACCCUGUCCAUCGAGCCACGGUCAGUCCUGGAGGGAGACCGUGUGACCUUCACCUGCCAAGCCCACGCCAACCCUCCCAUCAUGGGCUACAGGUGGGCUAAGGGCGGCGUGGUGCUCCAGGGGGCCCGGGAGAGCGUCUUCACCACCAAAGCGGACCACUCCUUCUUCACCGAGCCUGUGUCCUGCCUCGUCUUCAACGCUGUGGGCAAAACAAACGUUAGCAUCUUGGUGGACGUGCACUUCGGUCCGAUCCUUCUGGUGGAGCCUCAGCCCAAGACCGUGGACCUGGACUCAGACGUGACCCUGAACUGUAAAUGGGCCGGGAACCCUCCGCUCACCCUCACCUGGUUCAAGAAGGGGUCCAACAUGGUGCUGAGCAACAGUAACCAGCUGCACCUCAAGUCCGUGAGCCAAGCGGACGCCGGGCAGUACGUGUGUAAGGCCAUUGUGCCCAGGAUCGGGGUCGGGGAGACUGAGGUCACUCUCACGGUCAACGGCCCUCCCAUCAUCUCCAGUGACCCGGAGCAGUACGCAGUCAGGGGCGAGCGCGGGGAAGUGAAAUGCUACAUUGCUAGCACGCCGCCUCCGGACAAAAUCGUGUGGGCGUGGAAGGAGAACGUGUGGGAGAAGGAGAGGGGCACGCUGCUGGAGCGCUACACCGUGGAGCAGAGUCGUCCCAGCACCGAGGGCGGCGGCGUCCUGUCCACGCUCACCAUCAACAACGUCAUGGAGUCCGACUUCCAGUCCACGUACAACUGCACGGCCUGGAACGUCUUCGGCCCCGGCACCAUGAUCAUCACGCUGGAGGAGACAGAGGAGGUCCCAGUGGGCAUCAUCGCUGGAGGCACCGUGGGCUCGACCAUCCUCCUCUUCAUCUUUCUGCUGGUGUUGGUCCUGAUCUUCUACAGACAGCGUAAAGGCAGCCGCCGCGGGGUCACGUUGGGGAAGCCCGACAUUAAGGUGGAAACCAUAAACAAGGAGACCCACAGUCUGGAGGAGGACUCUGGGAGCGUGUCCACGGCAUCACGCAUGGUCAAGGCCAUGUACUCGUUUUUGCCCUCUGUGUCCUUCUCUCCCUCCAACCAGCCGUUUAAAGACGACAUUGAGCUGAAGACCGAGCUACGCAGCGACACUCUGGAUACUCGCCAAGAAUACGACCUCAAGGAUCCCACCAACGGUUACUACAAUGUGCGAGCGUCCACUCAUGACGAGGGCCGGCCCGCGUCCCGCUCCACAGUGCACUACUCUGACUACCGCUCCCCCACCGGGACACCAGGGGGCGCCGCCUCCAUUAGCAGCAGCGCAGGAGGCUCAGGGGCCACAGCCAGCGGAGGAGCCCCGGGGCCCCUCACCUCUCCAGGACGGUCCCAGCCCUGUUACGACCCGCGCCCCCCCUCCAGGCUGUCUCACAUCAGCUACGCCCAGUUCAACACCUUCACCCGCGGGGGCCAGAGCCAGCAGGGGCCCCCGAACCCCGGGCCCUCAGCAGCAGACUUCCCUCAAGACUGCAGCCUGCUGGACUCCACCUCACAGCUGGCCUACGACAACUAUGGAUACCCCUCCCACUACCAGCCCUACCGCAUGGGCUUCGCCCCGUCCAGCCUGGCCCCUCUGGAGGCCGGCCCCUCCUACGAGAUGUACGGUGUGGGGGCCCCUGGGGUGAACGUGUCCCCUGGGGCCCCUGCUCCUUCAGGGCCUGAGACUGGACUGGGCAAAUACGGCAGCUCCACACGCUUCUCCUACACCUCGCAGCACUCUGACUACUCCCACAGCCGCCACACGCAGAGGAUGCAGACGCACGUGUGA